AGAAACGUGUCAUCAUAUCAUAGUAAGUUACUGUCCUUAGUCCUCAAGAAUAUAUCGAGUUUCCCCUCAAAAGACUUAUGAAAAGCUGUUUAAACCACUUCAGCUGGCAGGGGAUUCCAGAAUUUGACUACUCGUUAAGAACAAAAGGUGUGCCUACAGUCUGUUCUGCUAUGUUGUGUCUCUUUAAUUUCUAGUUGUUAUCCCUAAGGUUUUUUUAGGACUGAGCCUAAGUAGGUAUAUAAGAGGAUGACCGGUAGUGUUCAGGAUGCCGUGUCAUUAGGUCACGUCUGAGACGCCCAUAUCCUAAUGGGUAAAGUUUCAGUGAUUUGAGAAGUCCUUCAAAAGGUUUGAACUUGAGUCCUCGGACUAAUUUCGUGGCUCGCCUUUAGAUACAUUCCGAUGUAUUGUUAUCCCUUUGGGUUGAAGGAGAGAACACUGUACUUUCAGACUCCAAGUGAGGUCGAAUCAAACUGUUGAAGAUUAGGUGGAAAGUUUUUCCACCGAACUGCCUUAAAAUACGUUACAACGUUAGCAGUACAAGGUUUGCUCGAAAGGUAUUUUUUGUCACAAUUAACGUAAGACUUCAGAUCAUAGGGUUCAAAAACCUCCAGUUCUUUUUAACUUGUGAAUCCUUUAGAAGGAAGUUACCUAAGUUGUAUUCGUAGUCUGCAACGUGUCUCAUAUGAACUACUUUACACUUUGAAGUGCCAAAAGUAAGCCCGUUAUUGCCCACCCAACUUUGAAGUCGAGUCAGAUCCUCCUGAAGUGCCGAUUCAUCCUCUUGGUUGUCCACGGCGAUCAGCAGGUUAGUUACACAAGAGUGAUGCUCUCUGAAACUGUGCUGUUAGGGUGGAAAAACGUCUAUGGAUAGGAGGUAAUCACAUGGACCAUCGAAUAUCAGGGACUACAUAAUUUUUGUAGGUAUUAAGAGAUGUGCUACCGGCCGGUAACUUCACGGUAUGUUGCGUCGACCUCCUUUGAGAAGUGAUGUAAUACGAGCCAACUUCCAAUUUUCCGGUACCUUAUCUCGGUCUAGCGAUUACUGAUUACAUGGAUUAAUUACGAAUUUGAUUGUGCUACAAAUGAAUCUUAAACUGGAGUCAGAUAUUGACACAGAAGUUUCACCACAUAUGGAUUUUCGGAGCACAGCUGUAGAGGAUUUCGUUUUGUGAGAAAUUGUAAGUUUUCCGGUCAAGUUUCGAACCAGAAUGAUAUAAAUGUUAAGUGCCCUAUAAGUUCCAACUGUUUACCAAUGGGCUACAUCAUUGAUGAAGACUACUAGCGUAACGUUCUAUAGACAAAACAUUUCAAUAAAACGGAGUGAGAUUCAAUAAAUGUAUCGAAUAUUAGGCUACUUUGAUCUAUUAUGGUUAAAGAUAAGUAUCUUCUUGUUGACAAAGUAAUUCAGAGUUAUGGAGGAUUAUUUUGAGUCGGUCUCACUAGCUGUUUAGAAAUUUUUCAUCGGAGUUUUACUGGAUCAUCCAGAUCAGGGGUGGAUUACUUAUGGCGAAAAUGAUUCAAUAUUAAUAUGGACAGCUAAGGUCGAAUAGUAAUACUAUUUCGUGAAUAGUCAUAUAAUUUUUAGUUAAAUUUUAUCACGGUAAUAUCAGCUAGAGAAGCACUGAAAUUCUGGGAGCAUCAGGAGGCCAUUUAGUGACUUUAUCAGUAUGGGUGUAUCACUUCACAUAAGGUGCAGGCCAGUACUUUCAUGUUUCGCGAAAACACUAAAUUAUCAGGUCCCGAUUCGGUAGUAAAUAUUUUCAACUCGAGCCAAUUUGUGCUAAAAAUACUAAAUAUCGGGAUAUUAUUACCCACUUUUACUAAUAAAACAAUGUUUGUUUGCUUUGAUUUACAACAAAGUUUGUUACCAGUGAAAAACAAGAAUCGGACAACAAUUCGAUUGAGUGAGCAAAUAUCUGGAUACAUGAUCGAUGAAAUAUCAAGUGAAAGUUCUGAAGGUGGGAGACGGUUUUUAAGAAAUCCAGAGAAACGAAUCAAUAAAAAUGUUGUUCGAAAACAAUCUCCAGCUACAACUGAAGAUGAAAAUACUGAAGAUUUACUGACACCGUUUAGUGCAGGAAAAACGUCAAUAGAUUUUAAUAAAUAUUCAACACAAAGGGUAUUUAAUAGCAAACUGACAAAUUCAAAUGGGACAAAAUCAAAGGAAUUUGAAAAAUAUUGUAUCAAUAAUAAUGUUGUGAAUGAACCAUUAGUAGUACGAAUAAAUAAUGAGAAUGAUUUAAGUAGAAUUUCAGCUUUGUCCUUCAAUGAUAAGAAUUCACUGACUGAUGCAAGUAGAGAACCUUCACGAAUUGAAAGCAAAAUGAGUACAUUCGAUGAUCAAUUAAUAUUAUCUGUUGAUGAAUUAGUGAAUGAGAAUAGAAUAGAUUGCGGAAGUUAUUGCUCAACUAAUCGUUUUGACAAAUCGUACAAUGAAAAAUCACUGAUAGAUAUUGAAGAAAUUAUUGAAUGUGAAAACUCCCAUUCAUCUAGCUUGACGGAGAAGAUAUCUAAUAAAAAACGUCCAUUGGAAAAGAUAUCUUGUCAAGUGGACAAUGAAAACAAUACUAGUGAAAUAGAUGAAUAUUCAGAUGAUUUUGAAAAUGAACAAGAUCUAACUAGUUCAACUAAAGAAAAUUUAAAAUGCAAUCUAAUCACAACGCAGAAAUCAUUAUCACUUAAAACAAAAAUGGCUGAUUGUUCAGUAAAUCAAAAAGUUUAUAAUGCAGCACCUACGAAUUCCUAUGGACCAUUGAAUAAAACGAAUUUACGUGAAACGAUUUCAUAUAAAAAAAUAUCAAAAAACGUAUCUGAAACCCAACAAACAAAGGAUGCUGAAGUUCAAACAGUGUGGUCAGGUGAUUUUUCACAAAACUACCAUGUUCCACACAAACUUCCAAUAAUAAAAUAUGAAGAAAUUCCUAAUUCUACUGUUAACACUACUCUUGAAAUGCAAAAUAUAACGUCAUCGCUCAUAAAUUACAAAACAUUACAUACCUUAACAACCUAUAAUCCUUGUUUAACUGCAUUGGAUAAUAUGUUGAAACAACAAAUAAAUCUUACAAGAGAAUUUUUAAGAACACAAAGAAAUUUACAUGAAACGAUUAGUAAAGCAAUAAGUCAAUGUGUUAUUACCAACAAUUAUAAUUAAAGAGAGAGAUUUAUACAGGUAAGUGAUAAAUAUAUUCAAAUAAAAAUUUCCAUGAAACUAUAUUGUUUCGUAAGAAAAGUAAGCGUUUGGUCUGUCACUUAUGUAUAACCUACAGAACUAGUUCAUUUUGAAGGUAAUCUCUUGUCAAUACAUGUUAUUACUUUAUAAGCCAUCGAAAAAACAGUGAAUGACUUAACGACUAGUUUAUUCUGGUUCAGUUUCGAGUUUGCUUCAUAAGAGAUUUAAAAUUGUCAUUACAUUACAUAUAAAUAGAUCUUGUAUUUUAUGGAACUAUGAAUAUGGACAACUGAACAGUCCCAGAUUAAAACACUUUUCCCAUUGUAUCUAACACUUUACCAGCUGUUAUCAGUUUGAAUUUUCACUAAAUCCUUCAUAUAUUUUUGAUUGUAUAGCUUAAAAAAUGUCACUGAUUGUUGUUUUUUGUGAACUUUCAAAGUAAUUAGAAAUAUCAGAGUAACGAAUUGUUCAAAGGACUAAACAACUAACUUAAAUAUCAGUAAUCCAAAUCCUUAUCAGCCAUCAUACAGUUUAUGGGAAUUUCUCGAGGUUAAGUAAAUGUCUUCUCACCUUGCUUUUGGAUGUGGUUUCCACAAUUAUAUCUGAUGAUGAUACAAAUAAAAUAAACUAAACUGCAGUUUACAUCUAUUAAAAUGAAACUUGAAUUCUUAGUGAAAAUGUCACAGGUUUUAGUAAUCGAUUUAGCAACUCAGUGGUAUACACUUUUGGAUUUUUAAUUGAAAGGUAACGAGUUUGAAUCUCAGCGUAGAAAUCAACACUGAGAUUUAUGGACAUCUGAUUUUUCAAUCUUAAAAAGAAAGAAACGAGGGUUCCGUAUUCGACUGGUAACUAAAUAUUGAAUAUAAAACUUAUAAUAUAACGAUAAAAUGUGAUAAUGGGAUAAAAAAGAUAGUAUAGUGACAGGGAUUUGGCAAUCUCAAUUCUGAAUAUAAGAAACGAGAAAUUGUAAACACUUACUAAUGUAUGAAAUAUGUUGCUAAAAUCAAAAUCGUGCACCAUUUCUGUUUAAAUCGAAAUUACUUUCAAUUAACAUCCAUGAUGAGAUCUACACAACUUAGCAGUUUCAUGUAAAUUUAUACGAACAAAAUGGUAGAUAGAUUCUCAAAUGACUACUAAGAUGUUUCAUAAUAGUCUAUACAUAUACUUUUAUUCUAUUAAAUAUUUGAAAAUAAUAGAUGUAUAUUUGUACAUUUAUUGAAUAAAACAUGUUUUAUAUUGAAUGGUCAAUUUUCAUUUAAGAAUUACAAUGAAUAGAGAUUAUAAUUUGAUUUUACAAGAAAAAAUAAUGCAAUAAUCUAACACACAAAAUUAAAAUCUAAACGAAUAUAUAUUUAUCUAUCUAUUUUUAUUUUAUUACAGACUACAGUGAAGAGAUUAU